AUGUCGACUACCACUACAUCAUCCAAACCUGAGUUCCCUGCAGAUGCGGCAACGAAGGAGUAUGCGGCCUCUCUGGAUGCUUCAGAUCCCCUGGCGGGAUUCCGUGAGAAAUUCAUCAUUCCUUCAAAGGCAAACAUUGCUUCGAAAAAGCUGGCAAAGCCCGGUCUUUCAUCAGAGCCAUGCAUCUACUUUUGCGGCAACUCGCUCGGUAUUCAACCCAAGGCGACAGCGAAGUAUCUAGAGGCUCAAUUAGACACAUGGUCAUCCAUUGGUGUAUCCGGGCACUUCACCAAUGUUGAAGACUCGCCAUUGAGGGAAUGGCAGAAUCUGGCUGAGCAGGCAGCCGAGUCCAUGUCGAGGGUUGUAGGAGCAGCGCCGGAAGAAGUUGCCGCAAUGGGCACCCUGACAAUGAAUUUGCACUUGUUGCUGGCGAGCUUCUACAGGCCAACUGCCACCAAGCACAAGAUUCUCAUGGAUUGGAAAGCGUUCCCCAGCGACCAUUAUGCUAUCGAAUCACACAUCGCCUGGCAUGAUUUAGAUCCUAAGGAGUCUAUGGUGCUCAUUGGCCCAGACGAAGGAACUUUUGAGAUCCCCACCGAGAAGAUCCUAUCCUAUAUCGACCAGCAUGCGGACGAUGCGGCCCUUAUCCUGCUUCCGGGAAUCCAAUAUUACACAGGGCAACUGUUUGAUAUCCAGAAGAUCACCGAAUAUGCCCAAUCCCGGGGACUUGUCGUUGGGUGGGAUCUGGCCCAUGCAUACGGCAAUGUUCAUCUGAAGUUGCACGAUUGGAACGUCGAUUUUGCGGCCUGGUGCACGUAUAAAUAUGGCAAUGCUGGGCCUGGUGCGAUGGCUGGUCUUUUUGUCCACGAGAGACACGGCCGAGUUGAUUACAGAGAAGGGGAAGACUCGCCAAAGUUCCGUCAUCGUCUGACUGGAUGGUAUGGUGGUGACAAAUCAGUGCGGUUCAAGAUGGACAACAACUUCAAACCUAUUCCUGGGGCUGGUGGCUACCAGAUCUCCAAUCCUUCUGCUAUUGACCUUGCAUCCUUGUGUGCUGCUUUGUCAGUCUUCGAUGAGACAUCUAUGGCUGAGCUGCGCAGGAAAUCCGUUCUAAUGACUGCAUAUCUAGAGCACCUUCUGCUGAAGGACACCACAGAUGAAUCACGAUUGUUCGAUAUCAUCACGCCUUCCGAGCCUGCCGCUAGAGGUGCUCAGCUCAGUCUUCUCCUUAGGCCCGGGCUACUGCAUAAGGUUGCGCAGCGAUUGCAGGAAGCAGGAAUCAUUUGUGACAAGCGAGAGCCAGGUGUUGUCCGCGUCGCUCCCGUUCCUCUGUACAACACAUUCACUGAAGUGUGGACAUUUGUUGAGCAGCUCAAAGCAGCUUUGGAAGAGUAA